CGAAGCUGGGGGAAGAAUGCGCAGGGCCUUGUGGGUAGAAGGGGAGGGCAGGAAACAGCGCUCUUGCCUGGGGAGGGAGGCUUCCGGUUCCGGCGGGGCCUGUGCGAGUUGCAGCCUGGCAGGGGCCCCCCUACCCCCUCCCCAGUAGGACCAGAAACUCCCCCCCGCGCGUAUCCUGGGGGCGAGGCAAGGGCCAGGGGGCUUCCCCCCCACACCCCAAUCUCGUUGCACAGGGACCAGCCCCUGCCUGGGGCGCGGAGGAGGCUGGGGCAGCGCCACAUACCGGCAGUGCCCCCUCCCGGGCGGAGAUGGAAGCCAAUGCAGCAAGCGACGAGGGUGUGCAUUUCCAGAGCUACCCUUUCGACUUCUUGGAGUUCCUGAACCACCAGCGCUUUGAACCUAUGGAGGCCUACAACCACGAGCACGCCAAAGCAGUUGCCGCCCUGCCCUGCCCUCAGCCGCAGUACGAGUACGCCCAGCCACCCGCUGCAGCCCCACCGGCCCACUUCGACCGUGUCACUGGCGCUGUUGGCACUUCCAAGCCCAAAGCCGAGGGCCCGUCGUCGUCCUCUUCCUCGUCCGCUUCUGCUGCUAACAUUCAAGUCAAGAAGGCUGAAGCCGGGGCACCUGCACUGCCGCAGCAGCCCCAGCCGCCACAGCAGCAGCCCCCGUACAGCGCCACAGCAGUGGUUCCAUCAGCAGGUCAGCCCCUCUUUGAUAGCACAGCUGCUGCUGCUGCUGCCGCCGCUGCCACCUACAACACCCCCCAGUGGGGCAUCGUGGAUCUCUCUGGCCACCAGCAUCUCUUCAGUAGCCUGAAACGGGGACAGGCACCCCCACCGGCCAGCGCCACCGUAGCUGCCGACAGCCAGGCAGGCAAGGACGACAAGAACUACUUCAGGCGCUUAAAAUACUUCAUCGACCGUCGCUUCCCGUGCGGGGUGUGCCAGAAGUCGUUCAAGCAGUCCUCCCACCUGGUGCAACACAUGUUGGUGCACACAGGCGAGCGGCCGUACGAGUGUACCACCUGCGGGCGCACCUACAACCACAUCUCCAGCCUCAUCCGGCACCGCCGCUGUCACAAAGACACCGAGGAUGCCACAGCAGCUGCCAAUGCGGCGGCUGCCAAUGCAGUGGCGGCGGCGGCGGCAGCAGCUGCCGCCGCUGCAGCUGCAGCUGCCACCAACACAACCGCCACUCCUGGUUCCGAGGGAGCAGCCCAGCCUCCCGCCCAAAGCAGCAACCCUCAGGUGGCAUCAGCACCAGCUGGGGCGACUGCUGCAUCCGCCCUUGGUGCUGCCAUAGCUCAGGCUGAAGGCCCUUUCACCUGCUCUCUCUGCUGGAAGGUCUUCAAGAAGCCAAGCCACCUGCACCAGCAUCAGAUCAUCCACACUGGCGAAAAGCCAUUCUCCUGCUCCAUCUGCCAGAAGAGCUUCAACCGUCGCGAGAGCCUGAAGCGGCAUGUACGGACCCACUCAGACCUGUUGCGGGUACAGUGUGGUGUGUGCGGCAAGGAGUUCCGGGAUGCCUCCUACCUGCUCAAGCACCAGGCGACGCAUGCCCCACCGGGAACCAUCCCACCACGGCCAGAGUACAAGUGUGACAUCUGUGGCAAGGGCUACGUGGCUCCCCAGAACCUCCUGCGCCAUCGGCAGCUGCAGCACGAGGGCGCCCAACUGGCAAAAGACGGCACCAACGCUAGUGCCCUGUCCUACCUGCCGCCAGGAGCUUACCUUCUUCCACAAGACCCACAGGCCCCAGGCUCCGAGGGAGAUACCAAGCCAAUGUCCUAUGGGCUUCUGGGUGCCCAUCCGCUGCUGGUGGGAACAGCGGCAGGGAAGAACUUCUGUUGUGGUAUCUGUGGCCGUGGCUUUGGGCGGCGGGAGACACUCAAGCGGCAUGAGCGGAUCCACACAGGCGAGAAGCCUCACCAGUGUGCAGUGUGCGGGAAGCGCUUCCGUGAAUCCUUCCAUCUCAGCAAGCACCACGUGGUGCACACACGUGAGAGGCCCUACAAAUGUGAGAUCUGCGGGAAGGUGUUUGGUUAUCCACAGAGCUUAACCCGGCACAAGCAAAUCCAUCGGCUGCAGCUGCCUUGCUCUUUGCCACCCAUGGGGCCCUCACUGACACCCAUGGGGCCUUCUCUGCCUCCACCUCCUGAAGGGCUGACCUAUGGCUGCUCUGACUGCGGAGAGCGCUUCCCUGAUCUCUUUCACGUCAUGAGUCAUAAGGAGGUCCAUGUAGCAGAGAAGCCAUAUCCUUGCGAUGUUUGCGGCAAAUGCUUUGGGUUCAUCGAGAACCUCAUGUGGCACAAACUCGUCCACCAGGCUGCUCCUGAGCGGCUCCUCCCACCGGAUGAGACAGCAGCAGCAGUGGCGCCCCUGGAGAACGGGCUGGCUAGCGGUGACAACAUAGCGUCUUAUGAAGAUCACCACCCCACCUUGCCGAGUGGAGAACGCUUCUCCUGCUCCAUCUGUGGCCAGACCUUCAAGCAUUUCCUGGGGCUCGUGACCCACAAGUAUGUGCACCUGGUACGUCGCACAUUGGCCUGUUCAGUCUGUGGACAGAGCUUCGCGGGGGCCUAUGACCUCCUGCUGCAUCGCCGCACCCACCUGCAGAAGCGCCAUUUCUCUUGCCCGGUCUGCGGCAAGCGCUUCUGGGAGGCCGCCCUGUUGAUGCGCCACCAGCGCUGCCACACCGAGGAGCGCCCAUACCGCUGUGCCGUCUGUGGGCGCGGCUUCCUGCGCUCGUGGUACCUGCGCCAACACAAAGUGGUCCAUACCGGUGAGCGUGCCUACAAGUGCGCCCUCUGCAACAAGCGCUUUGCCCAGUCGUCCAGUCUGGCCGAACAUCAGCGCCUUCAUGUGGUCGCUCGGCCUCAGCGCUGCCCCACCUGCGGCAAGACCUUCCGCUACCGCAGCAACCUUCUGGAGCACCAGCGGGUGCACCUGGGCGAGAAGGUCUACCGCUGCGACCGCUGCUCCAAGAGCUUCUUCUACCUGUCCUCCAUCCUGCGCCACCAGCGCUCCCACGAUGCCAAGCGCGAGUUGCGAUGUGGGGCCUGCCUCAAGCUCUUCAAAGACCCCAAGUAUUUCAGCAAACACCUCCAGGCCCACCAGGGUGGGCGGCCCUUCAAGUGCAGCACCUGCGGGGAAGCCUUCUCCAACACCUAUGGCCUCAAGAAGCACCGCCACAUCCACAAGAUGGAGCGCUUUGCUGCCAUGGCGGCCCACAAGGAACAGCCCUAGGGUUGGAGUGGUGGCAGAGAAGAUAGGCCGCCCUUACCCUGGUACCCUAGGUGGGAAAUGAAGGUAGUUCCAGGCUAUGGUGAGCCAUAAGGGCAGGGGUUUCCAUAAAGUAAGGCAGAGGCACAUGUUAGCAGUGAGAUGCCACAGUUGGGGGUGGAUUUGGGGGGAAUCAGCCCUUUAGAGUAAUGAGUGCUUGGGUGGGGCAAGCCAUGUUGAACCAGAGAUUGGAAUGCAGGAGGGCCUAUGUGGUAAGAGGUGUCAAUGGCCUGCUGGACCUCUGCUACCAAACAGAUAGGUGGGCAUAGUCCUGUCCACCCUGGAUUUCCUAUCAUGAAUGUUGGGGCAGGGUGUGUGUGAGGAGAUGGCUGCCACAGAAGGGACCCAUUCUUUUCAAAAAAUGGAUGCAAUGUUGAGGGUGGAAGCAGAGGCUGGGGAAGGCCAGGAAUCCACAAAUGUAAACUUAGCUCAGUACCCCACCAUUAUGUGGUCUUUACCAAUCCCAUCUCUUCCCUCAGUUCCUUUUCUGGCACACAGACUUAGGAGAGAAGGAGGUCUUCUGUCAUUGUAGUAGCUAUGAAGAUGGUGAGAAACAGGGAGAGCUUUGAUCUACUGUUCAGAGGGGAUCCCUGCAGUUUCUUACCUUUUCAAAAAUGGCAGUGAAAACAAGACCGCUGGGGUGGAGAGGUGUGUGGUGUUUGGCACUCGCCACUGGCGAUCUGGCAAGUGGGUUUGUAGAUGCCUGGGGAUGGCAGUGGUGGAAUGGAAGUGUGUCUGGUCCAAUCGCUCACCAACUGGGAUCCCAUUUGCAGGAGAAAAGGGUGCUUCCUGCCCUCUGCCUUUAGCCAGAAUGGGAUAUUAGAGCCAAUUCAUACAUUCAGGAAAAAUAAGAAGUGGUACAGUCCUCCCAGACGGCUUGCCAAACUUUUGUGUGAAUUCAGCCUCUAAUCUAGGCCAUGUGGCUGUUACCUUCUUUUUAGGGGAAGAUGUUAAUCUGCAUGUUUGCUUCACAUUUAUAAAGACAGUUGGCCAACUGUUCUCAUUUUAAGAUAGUGGGACCUGGCUGUUGAUAGUUGUAUGCAUUACCUGAGUAGAAACUUAGAGGAGGCUGUUGAAACCAUGAUGUCAUGUAUGAUGCAGUACAGUCAAGAUCCUGCCUACCUCCAGGACUACCAGUUCAUGUUGUAGCUGGAGGUUGACAUCUUUCAGUACUCCCUCAUGUUAUAAUAAAUAUCCCCUACCCAUAGGGCAGGAUCCAGGCUAAGUUAGUCAUGACUAAACACCACUGAAAUAAAUGUAUGUUAGUCAGAACUAAUUUGCCCCUUUCAUUUUGAAUGGGACUUAGUCAUGACUAGCUUAAUCUAGAGUCUGCCCUUAGAAAACAUGCAAGUCUGGGGAAAGCCCUCUGUCUAGCCUUCUCCUUCAUAUGAUGGAUUUCCACAUGCAAGUGCAAGGACUGGAUAAGAAGGACCAUUUCAGCAUAUCAUUCCCCCAUAUGAAUCCUGAAGUGGUACAGCCCCAGGAGGACAGUAUCAUGUGCUCUUUUUGAAAUGUUUGAAUUGGCCCCCAGAGUGAGCCAAUUAAAAUGUUUUUGAAUGUUUGAAUUGGCAGGAAAUGCAAAAGUUCAGUUGUCCCUAUUAAAAAAAAGUGUGGUGUGGGCCUUCCCUCUUGGGCAGGGUUCUACAACUUUGGCCCUCCUGCAGAUGUUAGACUACCACUCCCAUAAUCCCUAACUAUUGGCCUCUGUGGCUGAAGAUGAUGGGAGUUGUUGUCCAGAAACAUCUGGAGGGCCGAAGCUGUGCAGCCCUGCUCUUGGAUGAGCAGCUAGUGCCUCUUCUUCUGUGCUCCUGCGUGCUGGGAUUCUCACUAAAGCCAUUACACCCUUACAUUCUGUGUAGAUACACCCUCCAGCAUUAAUGCCUAAUACCUUCCCUUGAGGCUGGAGUGGGGUGGACCUGGAUUGGGGGCUGUGGUGGGGCCGUUGCCCAAGUAAAGGCCCAUACCACUUGUUAAAAGUUACUCCCUCACCACCACCACCUGCAGCCAGUUGGGAGGGCAGCAGACGGGACUGCUGGCUCCACAUACCAGGCCUUGGUUGUAUGUUGCUUUUGCUAACCAGCCCAUGCAGCAGUUCACCCAUAUUCCUGUUUCCCCCAACUCCUAGUCUGAGCCACCAGCUCAUCUUUUGGUGGCAUUUCUUGUGCUCCCCACAAAUUAAAUCAAGCGCAGACUCCUGAAUCUGGGCUGGAAUUCCCCAUAGUCAUAUCUUCAUCCUCAGCUCUGUCACGGAACAACCCCCAUCUCAACCCCCAACCCCCAGAGAUAAGAUAUGGACAAAAAGACCCCUGCGUCUUCUUCUGCUCCGUGCCUCCCAGAGCCCCUCUGCAUCCCUUUCUCCCUUCAGCAGAUUGCAUAGGGUACAGGGCUGGUCACUCUGUAACUCUGGGCUGACAGGAGAGGAUGCUAAUCUGCUACGCAUAACCAAAGAGUUUUAAAAGCAACCCCCCCCGCCCGCCCCUUGUGAAUAGUGGGCACUAUGUGGGCAAUUCCUUUUGGAGCACUCCAUUUUUUUCUUUCUUUCAGGUGGCAAUAUCAAAGGUGCCUCCUUGCAGUUUCUAGCCUCCCAUCACCAUUUCAAGGCAGGAAUCACUCAUGGUAAGUGACUCCAGAGUGAUUCCAGAGUGAUUGUCCGGUAGCUGGAAGAGGGAAUGAGGACACAGCCAGACUAGAGAUUGCUUGGCAGAGAUUGCUUGGAGAAUUGCGAUAGAAGCAGACUCUGCUGAGGAGGGACUGCAUUCCUUAAAGGAAACCCUACAGCACCUGGUGGUCCAUUUUAACAGGCUAGAGGAGAAGGGUCAUGGGCCAAGAAUGUGAUGUUCAAGUCCUUAGGAGAAAAAGAACCCCAUGGCAAUAGGGUGUGAUUCCACCACAAUUCCCAAGAUAGGUCAACCCAUGGACAACACUUCUUGUUUAUGAGGAAUCCAACCCACUUAGACUGCUUCCAGUGGGGGCUGAUACUGGCUGAUUCUGUUUUAUCUAUAUCCGGAAGUUGAAAGUCUAAAUUUGUAGCUUAAAUCCACUGGAUUUUUCCUAUGGUGUUGGCUCUACCUCUACCUGCCUUAUGUGGAAACUUUUUUUCCAUAUAAAUUUCUUCCCUCCCUGGCUUCAUAAUUUGCCAGUAGAACUGAGUUUUAACAUUAGAUCCCCCCCCCCUUUUCUGAAUACAAUGCACACUUUAUUCAUACCAGCUUAGUAGGGACAGAUGCUUUUAUGUUUAGUGGUGCGUUGCUUCCACAGAAACCCCACUGAAAAGAAUGGAACCCCACCCCACUUCUCCAUGGUAAUCUUUUCUUACAGUCAGGACUGUUGUUUAUAUAUCCCCCAUCCUUUUAAACUGGAUAAAAUGAAUUCACUGCAAUUCAUCCAUUAGGCAAUGUGUCUGUUGAUUUGCUGAGUUGUAGCUUCCCAAGUGGCCAAAGAUGGAAUGGAGGAAAACACUUUUUGCUUUCUCAGGCAGCCUAAGAGAAACUGUUGUGUUCCAAAAUGAUUAAAAUGUCUGCUUUUGGUUCAAACAUAUAGGACUUCCAAGGGAAAUUCUCUUAGAAUAAUGUAUAGGCCUAGUAAGAGAUGGUAUCAUGGUUGACAGUGAAAUUCUGCUUCAACCGCAAAAUUGAUUUUAUCCUAUUCAGCCAGUCCUUAUCCAUUGAAGAAUAGUUGCCUGUUUCCUGCAGAUAAAAUGUAGUCUGACCCUCUUACACUUUUAAAAAAAUGUCUGACCUCACUUAAUAUUAACAAGUUAACCUUAACACCCUUUAAUCACUCUUUUGUACACAUAACCAAGAUGAUUAAAAAGUGGCAAACGUGUUUGUUGGGAAGGGGAGAUUUCCAUCUCCCCAACCCUGUCUUUUAGGGCAUAUGUACAGAUGAAGAGGGGACUUUGAGAGAACAAAAUAGCUGCUGAUUCUUUUCCAGCCAAAUGUGUUGUAACAGAGAGCUGGUAUGAAGUAUUUGUGAACAAAGAUGCACAAAGCAUCUGACCUGAUGCUUGUUGGAUUAGAGCUGUUUAAGAAAGUAAGCUUUCACCCAUUCUUUUCAGCAGCCAUUUUGUUUUUCCAGCAUACUUUCCUGUCCUCUGUUGUGGUUGGGAUUUGCUUACUAGACAUUAAAUGACCACAUGGCCCCUAAAAUGUAUCACUCUUUCAUGAAAGAUCCUAGCUAGGAAUGGGUUCUGAUCUCUCUGGAAGAAUUGAGGAUGGGGGUGGGGUCUAAUUGCUUUUAGAGCCAGGAGCCAGGGAGGCAAUGUUCUGUGGCUUGAAUUUUUGAGGAGAGGCAUGUAGGGACGAGUGAGUCAAGAAGAUGGAAGCAUUAUGUUUUCAUUUCUGGAUGGGAAACGGAGUUCAUCUGAAGACUGACUCAGAAUGCAAUGGUGAGUUGCCAGUCAUCUGUCCCACUGCACUGCCCAGCCUGUUUUGCUCCCAAAUGGAUUUUUGGCUCUGAAUUCUGCGUUGCUUGGAUGCUUAUUUUCCUACAGACCCUCACUGACCUUAAUGCUUUGUCUGCUGUGGACUGAAUAGGGGAUGGGGAAGCUACACCAGGCAUAUCCAGACGAAGUCCCAUUGAAAUGAAUGGGACUUAAGUUGAUCAAGACUACAUUGUCUCAUUUGUUUCAAUGGUGUUGGGUCAUGACUGACUAGUCCAGAAGUUGCCCAUCAUGUUUUUCCUAGCGUUGGACCUGACUUUUAAAGAUGCUACCAGACACUUGCAGUACCAUCUUCUGAGACUAUCUUCAGCCCUUCCCUUCUUUGGAGGACUUGGGAUUCUGUGGGAGGACUUGGGAUUCUGUGGUUCUGACUGCAGCAAGGUGUUUCCCCCACACUCCCCCCGUCAUCCCACACUGGCCAAACUUGAAGGUGAACAAAUUUGAGAGAGGACUCAAACAUCCCCAGGCUGGUGACUGCUGCAAACUCUGGAUGAAGAGUCACGCCGCCUCAACCCAUUGCUAUCCUGUUAGCAGAUGACCUUUUAUAUUAACAUGGAUAUAUAAAUACAUACAUUUAUAUAUAAAUAUUCCUUUUCUAACUACCCCUUUCUCCCAUUGGCCACAGAGAGCAGGAAGUGCAGUUCUUUUGGUGCCAAGGUUCAAGUCCCCUAUGAUAACAAGUGUACUAAAAUAUGUAUAGGACCCUCUCAUUGUCCAUGCAGCUGAUGUGCCUGGACUGAUAACCUCUCCCUUCCUCCCUUGUUGUGCCCCUUGGGAAUUGUACAGUGUGUGUUUUUCUCAGUUGGGUGGGGGACGGGAGGGUCUUUGUGUUUUAAACCAAGCAAUUGUUCAAAAGUGUCUGAUCUACAAUGUACAGACUAAACAAACAUUAAAAAAGGAGAAAAGAAUGGGGGAAAUGUAUGUACCAUCCAUUGAAAGGAGGUCAGGCUUGCUUAUUUUGUUAAGUUGGUGUGAGGGGACUCCAGAACUCAGGGGAGUGUCCCUUUAGGAACCAGAAUGGCUGGGCCUACUGGGCAGGGCUUCUUGAAGUGCAAGUAGUGGGACCAUAAGAGUAUCUUUGGAGCAGGGAAAUAGCUACAACAAAAAGGGGUGUGGGGCAAGUGACCCUGGGCCCCCGAGGAGGGCCUAUUGCUGGCUGGUGACUGCUCUCACUCGUGCCGCUUCCAAAAAGAAAGUGGAUAGGGACCUGUUUUCACUUUUGUAUUACAGGCCCCCUCCAACAUUGUUAUGCCCCCGAUUUGGAGCCAACAGGUGGAUGGUUUAUGGUAGCCAAAAAAAGAAACAAUGAAAAAUCGGGGAAUAAAGAUUUAGAGUAGAGUUUCUCAAACUUCAGUCUCUAGUUGCUGGACUACACUUCCCAUUAGUCCCAGCCACACACCAGCCUUUGACCAUUGUUGCUGGGCUUGAUGGGAGUCGUACUCCAACAUCACAGUGGAAUGAUGUGGUAGGAUAGAUUGUACCACUUCAGACGGUAGGUAGGGGAAUACUGAAUGUUCUCUGGGUGGGGGAGAUCCUUCUGAAUAGAAGAAAGGCACAUCGGGAAGAAAGGUUCUAAUCCAGUGAAUGCUUAAGAGUCUGAAGUGGUGCUCCCCAUUCUAACACCUCAUUAUGCUGUUUGUGUAGGACAAGGACAGGUGGAGACUUGUAUUGCCCUCCUACAGUUCUGUAUUCUCCCACCCCCUGCCCAGCCAGUCUGGUUACAAAAGGUAGUGCCCCCUGUACCCCAUGAAGCAAACUGAGUUUUUAACAUCUGGGACUUCCCUGGCCAGUUCUCAGGUUUAUUACGAGCACCGUUCUGACACUGGGUAUGAAGUUGUGGGCAUGCUUGAAGAAACGCAGGGUGAAAUCUCACUACCGUUGAAAAGAAAAACAAGCUGAAGUCCCUUCCCAGAAAUUGGGCAUGCUGAAGCAGAGGGUACCAGCAGCUUACCUCCUUCCUCUAUCAAGUCUCAUUCCAGAACAGAAAAUGAGAGUUGUAGGUGAAGCCAUAUGCAACCCAGUAGAAGCAAAAUGCUGCAGCUUUCAGAAAUACAACACAAUUUUAAAACUGUAAUUUAACACAUUUUCAGAGUUUGCUUUUGAAAUUAAAAUUUGAGGAAUACUUACAAAAAAUAAAACAUCUUGAUGAAAUUUAAGGAAAUAAUGAGAGCAGUAUCUUUGCCAAAUGAAAUAAUGUUACACCUUGUUUUUUUGCCCUGUCCCCAUACGUCUGGUGAGAUUGAAAACAAUCCAAAUAUCAAAUACAAUUAUUGCAAGCAAAUGAAUCAGGAGAAUCUGAGGGGGGAAACUACCCACGCUGGCUUCAUUUCAGCUUAUCCUCAGCAAGAUAGGAGGAGUUGCAGAAGCAGGACAGAAUCACGCUUAACAGAUUUGGUUUUCAGUUGUCUACUCAAAGCCUGAUCAAUAUCUGGAAAGUUCUAUAUCAGAGACAUGAUAAAAAGCUGCCUAAUGCUACUUGUGCAUAUCUGUAACUCCUACCAUAAAGACUCCUGUGACACUUCAGUGUGAAGGGGCUACUUUUUUUAAAAAAAGACUUCUUACAUGUUCAGCUGCCAUCAGAAAUGGAAUGUUAGUCCUGGUGAUAACUCAAGGCACACACACACCCUCCAAAAAAAAAAUUUUUUUUUUCAAUUGAAAUCAGACAUGUUGAGUACUGAUCUGGAUAUGUUUUGAGACCCUUGGCCCAGUUUACCUAGAUAAACUAAUAUCCAUUUGUGCUGCGUGUGGAAAAUGGCCACAAUACUCCCAUCCAUGGAGAAAACCACAAAGAUCUUAAAAGGUUUAUAUUACAUGAUGCACACUGAAAAAAGCAGAACUGAGAAUGCUUAGUUGUUAUUAAAAAACAACAUAGUUUCAUAACGUCAACGUAAAAUGGAAAACGUUUUUUACUGCAUCUGAAGGAAAGACAAGACAGGAUCUACACCGAUGAAAAUAUUCGGACUGGAUGUUUAGGCAAAAUUUCUUGUGAAAUACACAAUGUCACCUCUGAUUCUCUCAUAAAGGUAAAGUGCUAUCAAGUCUAUUUUGACUCCUGGCUCCCACAGAGCCCUGUGGUUUUCUUUUGGUAGAAUACAGGAGGGGUUUACCAUUGCCGCCACCUCCUGCGUAGUAUGAGAUGCCUUUCAGCAGCAUCUUAUAUCACUGCUGCCUGAUAUAGGUGUUUCCUAUAGUCUGGGGAACAUAACAGUAGAGAUUCGAACUGGUAACCUUCUGCUGGUUAGUCAAGCAUUUCCCCGCUGUGCCACUAAGGUGACUGGUUCUCUCAUAGGGAAGCUUUUUCUUUUCUUUUGUAAGAUCAUGCAGUGUUCUUUCUAGUUAAGUUUUUGCAUCAGGAUUAUAUGUAAAUUUACCAGUGUCUGUCCUGUAAUAAACUCUUUUCCCCUUAA